UCGUGCCUUCGAGUGGCGGCGAAGCCACCACGGACUUUGAUACUGUCGCAGCCCCGGGCUCCCGUUUCGGCCAAGCUCCGUCCGCCUUCCUGCGCACAGUACGGGACGUGACCGGUGACGGCGUGGAGAUGAGUGCCUCCAUGAACAUUCUGCUGUACACUGUGCGCAAGAAGUUCUCGUCAGUGCAGCACGUGUCGACCGACACAGUGUACUCGUGGCUGUACCCGCGGCCGCGGCCCGACCUGCUGCUGCUGGACACGCGCGCCGCGGCCGAGUUCGGUAUCAGUCGGCUGCCGCACGCCGUGCACGUGGACCCGGACAGCGACGAGCCGACGCUGCGGCGCACCGUGGCCGCCCUGCUGCCGGCCGGCGUCGACAAAACUACCAUCGCCUGUUACUGCUCCGUAGGGUACCGCUCGGCCACGGUCGCCACGCGGCUCAACGGUCUGCGCGCCGCCAGCCCCGAGCUGCCCAACUUCGAGGCGGUCAACAUCGAGGGCUCCAUCUUCAAGUGGGCCAACGAGGGCAAGCCGCUAGUGGACGCCGCCGGCGAGCCCACGCGCUCCGUGCACCCGUACAACUCCGUGUUCGGGCGCCUGCUGAAAGCCGAGCUGUGGCAGUUCCCUCAGCAGCACUAGAGACGAUGCUAUGCGUCCUCCUUCUUCUGCAGUGUGCGUGUGCCGUGUGGGGUGACUACCUGAUCCAGAGCAUCCGGGGUGAAGUGGAGGCCGGCAACUACACCUACUACAAGCUGCAGUGGGACGGGCCGGUUACUGUCAUUUUGGAGACGCU